AUGCCUCUCACAGGGCCCGACCAGGAGGAGACCAACAGGAACCAAACCCCGGCUCAGCUGCCCAGCGAGACUCAGUGUUACAGUAUAAUCUCGGGGCUGGUCGGACCCGGUCGGGCUCUGGGUUUGGAGCGUUUGCUGUGGAGAGUUUGUCGUGGACACUUCAUCAUCCAAUUAAGCCCCCACCCCCAGGAGCUGCCAGACCCCCACACAGGCGAGCCCAGCAGUUGGACCGUUUUCCUCAUCUCGUUUUGGGGUGAACAGAUUGGGCAGAAAGUCAGGAAGAUCUGUGAUUGUUUUCACUGUCACCUCUUCCCGUACCCUUUGACCCCAGAUGAGCAAGAGGAAACCCUCCGUGACCUGGAGAUACGAACCCAUGACCUUCAGAUGGUGCUGAGCCAAACAGAGGGUUACCUGGCUCAGGUGUUGGAACGCACAGUGAAGGUGAUACACACCUGGUCCCUCAGGGUCAGGAAGAUGAAAGCGAUUUAUUUGGUUCUGAAUCAGUGCAACUUCGACGUCAGCAAGUGUCUGAUCGCUGAGGUUUGGUGUCCGGUCUCUCAGCUCCACCGACUCCGCCAUGCACUGGAGGAGGGCUCGCGUCGCAGUGGCUCCUCUGUCCCCUCGUUCUAUAACGAGGUGCAGACCCUCCACACUCCGCCCACACUCUGUCGCACAAACAAAUUCACCGCUGGCUUCCAGGGCAUUGUGGACGCGUACGGUGUCGGCAGCUACCAGGAGGUGAACCCUGCCCCUUACACCAUCAUCACAUUCCCCUUCCUGUUUGCGGUGAUGUUUGGGGAUGUGGGACAUGGAGCGCUGAUGUUUUUCUUUGCUCUGUGGAUGGUUCUUGAGGAAAAUGAUCCCAAGGUCAAAUCAGCAGAAAACGAGAUCUGGCAGACCUGUUUUGGGGGUCGGUAUCUGCUGCUGCUGAUGGGAUUGUUUUCGCUUUACACCGGCCUCGUCUACAACGACUGUUUCAGUCAAUCGCUGGCCAUCUUCCCCUCGGCCUGGCAUGUCAGCCGCAUGUGCAGCCACGUCGACAACCAGUCCUGCUGGUUGCUGGUUGGGAACCAGUUGGACCCUAACAUCUCGGGGGUGGUUCAGGGUGUUUACCCGUUUGGUAUCGAUCCGAUCUGGCAUUUGGCCAUAAACAAGCUGAGUUUCCUGAAUUCCUUUAAGAUGAAGAUGUCGGUGAUUCUGGGAGUCGUUCACAUGACAUUUGGGGUCACUCUUGGCUUCUUCAACUACAUACACAGAAAGCAAUUUGCGUUGAUAGUCUUGGUGUUGUUGCCGGAGCUGGUUUUCCUGACCUCGCUGUUCGGGUACCUGCUGUUCCUGGUUGUGUAUAAAUGGCUGCGUUACUCGGCCUGGGAUUCAGGUUGUCCAAGUCUCCUCGUCAACUUCAUCGACAUGUUCUUCUUCAUGUCUCCCAGCUCUGAGCUGUACCAUGGCCAGGCCGUGGUACAGAAAGUGCUAGUGGUUCUAGCUCUGAUCUCUAUUCCCGUUUUGCUGCUCGGGAAACCUCUCCUCCUGUACUGCCAGCACCGAGCACGGACACACAGACAUCGCUUCCUGCAGGAGGUGUACUGA